AUGAAGGCCUUUGUCACUUUUGCAGCUUUUGCAGCCGGUGCUGAUGCCAUUAUCGGCCGCACUAGUAGCUGCUGUUUCCACCUUACGGCCCCCAACGGCUCCCCUGUCGGCCAACUUAGCGACGGUCAGAAUCGAAUUGGCGACAAUAGUCUGACUGCUGCGGAGUUUUGUAUUACCCCCGACGGCUCUAUCACCGAUGGCAACGGGCGUGGCUGCAUUCUCACUCCACCAACCACCCAGUUCCAGUGUGACACAGGUGCCACUCCUACCCCGGGAUUCUCUAUCAACUCUUCUGGUUUGCUAGUGUUUAACGGAAGCUCUACAUUCAUCGCCUGUCAAACUGGCCAGAACGGUGGUGAGAACAUCCACACCGCCGAACCCUUCGACCUGGGCAUGUGUUCCAAUGUCGAACUGAAGGCCGACUCAUGCUUUACCUCUACCUCCAGCUCUACCUCUACUACCUCCAGCUCUGCCUCUGCUACCUCCGGCUCUGCCUCUGCUACCUCCGUCUCUGCCUCUGGGUCAUCUACCUCUUCAGCAAGUAAUAACUGUCCCACCACACUGACGGCAGGCAAUUUCGAAUUCCCGCACUUGAUCGUCCCUAUUGACUCAAGCUCCCCUGACACUGCUGGAGGGACCAAGUUCAACGGUGUGGUGUCCUCGGACAUCUCAACCAUAUUCAACUUCGACAUUCCCCAGUCUGACUCUGGCAGGAUGUGCAGUCUUGUUUUCCUGUUCCCCAAGCAGGCCGAUCUCCAAACAUCGUCGUUCAACUUUACCGGCGAUGGUAAAGUUGAGGUUGAUGAGCUAUCCAAGGCGGCUACCACCUCAACUACCUUUAAUAAUGCUCCAUCUGUUUCCAAGAACUUAGGUGAUAUAACUGUUUCACCUGGUAAUUCGUUUGUUAUCUCGACCUUUUCGUGCCCUGCUGGCCAAACGGUAGCCUUCGAGAUGAAGAAUGCUGGCAGUACUAACCUUGAAUUCUUUGAAGAUUUCAAUCCCUCUCCUAUUGGCCUAUUCAUCACUGUGUGCUGA